AUGGAUUCCGAUACUAUUAGUAAUGCUAGUAUUGGUAGUAGAAUUAGCGUUAGGAGUAAUACAUUGUUUUCAGGAGAUUUAAAUCAACAAGCAAUAAGCCAAAAUGUUCAAAGAGAGAUUUAUAAACAACUUGAGUUACUUUUACUUAAAAAGAAGGCAGGUGAAAACAAAGUUAUAAUUAGACAAGGACUUUUGGUUACUAUUCCACAAGUUGAAAAGGUAUCACAAUUAUCAUCAACUCAAGUAUCUCAUUCACUCGAAGUUCUCUCAAAUGUAUUGGUUCAAAUAUCCAAGCAAUCACUUCACAAUGUUAUCGAGGUCUUAAUUAAAAUGUGUGAUCCAUAUCUUGAUGAUUUAAAUAUUGCAAAUCAAUUAAAAAAAGUAGAAUUACCAUCAUUUAAAGAAGAGUUCAUCGAAUCUGACUGUGAGAUUUCAAUUCCUUUGUUAAAUAUUAGCAAUGGUACGGUUAAUACAACACCAAUACCAACAGCAAAUCCUCUUAAUCUUAGUAGCGGUACAAUAAAUAAUUCAAGAGAAGGUUUGACAUCUUCAAAUGGAGCUGAACAAUCAACACAAUCACUAUCACCACAGCCAUUAUUGGAAAAGCAACUAUCUUCAUCAUCAUUAAAUUCAUUAACAAGUGCAUCAGCAUUGAUCCCACCUCCACCAGGAUCACAAGAGGAGUCAGCAAUGAGUAAUAGUGGUUCACACUUUCAAGAUAUUGGUUUUAACAGCAACAACAGCAAUAAUAGUAAUUCAACAAAUUUUAAUUUUUCAAAAAAUAUCAAUGAAUUUCAACAAAUUACAGAAGAUACUCCAUUAUAUCACUUAUUAAAUACAAUCUAUAUGGUAUUAGCAUCACACCAACCAAAUAAAUAUUCAAAAAUGAUUGAAAAAGAUUCACAACUUGCAACUAUACCAUCCAAAGUUAUUACAUUUUUAUUUGGGCUUUUACAACAUACAUUUACACCAGCCAUCAGAUACAAAUCAGCAAGUUGUCUUCAAGUAAUUUCAAUGGCUUCGCUCGAAUCUGUAACUCUCUUUUAUAUCAAUAAGCUCCAAUCAGGUAAAUCUGAUGAUUUCUAUAGAGAGUUUUCAACCUACCAAAAAUCAGCUAAAUACUUGGAGUUUGGUUUUCAUAGAGACGGUCAAAUUGAAGCCACAUCACAGUAUUUUGCAAAGAUUCUUAUUGAAAUGGAAAAGGUUUCUAGAGCUGUAUUUAUUCAAUCAAUGUGUUACACAUUAAUCCAUGCUUAUCCAAAAAUGUUCAAUAGUAACACUAUCUAUCAAAAUGUACCAGAACCAUUUUGGCCAAUCACUCAAAAGAUUUAUGAUUUGAUUUUGAAGUGGACCAAAAAGAGUAAAUUAAAACCAAUUUGUAUUAGAACACUCUUUGCUAUGGUUGGUUCAAGCCCAGAGUUUUUCAUUGGUAAAGGUGGCGAUCUUUUAGCUCUUUGGUCAAGCUCAUUCAAAGAAACCUCAUCAAAGAAUACCAGAAAGUCAUAUUUAGAGUCAUUAAUUCAAUUCUUUAACAAUGUUAAAUCACUUUUCCAAUCUGAAUCCAAAGCCAACUUUUAUCAAUCCCAAGUUGACACUAUUUUACCAGUUAUCUUGCCAAAGAAAUCAACUCCAACCCCUACAGAGUCUUUAUUGAUUUUAGAAGUUUUAAUUGCCAUGGGUAGAUUCAGUCUCGGUAUCGUCGUAAAUAAAUAUCUUUUAUCUAUCAUCUCUGUACCAAACGGCAAAAGUAAUAAUGAAUUCUCACUCGAAUCCAAAUCAAUUGUUUUCAAAAUGCUUUAUAGAUUAAAUUUAGAAUUCCCAGAGCAAAUUAGAUAUUACGAUAGAACUCUUUGGUCAGUUUUAGAUUCACUUUUCAACCACUAUGAUGGUGAAGCCACUCCAAUGAAGUAUCUUAUUCUUUUAUUCCCAUCAUUUGUUUCUCAUGAAAAUCUUAAAGAGAUUGCCGAUAAAAUUACAAAAUGGACAUGGCAUCAAGAGUUGGAUAUCGCCACAAUGUCAACUUUGGGUUUAACAAAGUACCUUUCAAAUCAACCUCAUACAACUUUUCCAUCUAUUCUUUUACAAAUGUUAACUUAUAUCACCAAUUACUAUGGAGAAUUAAGUGGCUUAUGCAAAGUCGUCAAAAAUAUGUGUAUGAUUAUGCAAGAGUUUAUUAAUCUUCACUAUUUACCAAAUAAUGAAAGAAAGAUGUCCGCUUCCACCGGUAUUGAUCAAACUACUUGGAAAAAUCUUAGAGAUACAUGCGAAGGCGUUUCAUUGUAUCUUUUAUCAUCUAUGAUCACACCUCUUUGGUCAGAAUUAUUUAACUUCAUCUCAUUAACUGGACAUGAAAUCUUUAGAGAAAUUGAUGCUAGUCUUAAAUGCUCAUACUUGGCUGAUUAUCUUCCAUUAUCAUCGUGUCAAUCAUUAAUUCCACAACAACAGCUCUCAAAUAUUACACAGUUAAUUCCAACUCUUAAUCAAGAUUUAAUCAACUUUUUAAUCAUUCAUAAAGGUGAUCUCCAAAAUGCAGUUUCAUUUUCAUGGGCUAGAUUAAGAAAAAGAUGGGCUCCAAAACAAAACCCAUCAUGGAAAAAUAAUUUAGCUUUUCUUCUUUUAUCAUUACGUUUAAAUGUUGAAAAACCAGAGCUUAGUUCAGUCGAGGAUCAGCUUUUAACUGAAGUAUUAACUUGUUAUUUCCAAGAGAGAGAAGGUAAAACAAAUGAAGAACUUUGUCAAUUAAUUUCAGAUCUUUCAUUCUAUCUUCACCCAUCAUGUUACGACACCGUAUUUAGAUUUAUUGAACAAGAAAGAGGAAGAGACAUUAAAAGAAAGAAAAAAGAAGUUUUUUAUACCCAAGAUCAUGUUAUCACUUACGUUAGUCAAUUGGUCGAAAAGCUUUCAGUACAAGAGUAUGAUCAUACACCAUCAAUUCGUGUUGCAUUAAGAGAAAUGACCUAUUUUUGGAUUUCAAACAACCAAAUUUUUAAAGAUAUUUCAUUACCAGUUAAAAACAAUGCAAGCAGAUUAUUUAAAAAUUUCUUAUUAUUAGAUAGUAAAUCAACAAUACCAAAGGGUGAAAUCUCAUUAAAUAAAGCAAGUUAUACAAAAUUAAUUUUCCAAUGUUUACAAAUUUUAACAGAAAAUUGUUUAAGAGAAGAAUUAUUAAAUGAAAUGGAGUUAAAUAUUCAUCAAUCUAUCUAUACUUUAAUUUCAGAAGCUUGUCUUACAGAUUUUAAAAAAGAUAUCAUUCCAUAUCUUCAAAAAUCAUUUAAUAUGGGACCACACAUUUAUCAAAGUGUUUCAGAAAAUCUUGCAAUCUUUUUAAGAAGAUCACCAAAGCAUUUAAAUGAGUAUAUAGAAAAAAGUUUUGAUAAUGAAGACCACCCAAUUGGUUCAUUAUUAUUUUUAAGGGCUUUAGUUUUAAAUUUUUCAUCAGAAUAUUAUUUAAAAUGGAAUCACAAUUGCCCACCAGAAAGACUUGCAUUACUUUGUUUAUUCCAUAUGGUUUCAAAUGAUGAAAAAGCAAGAUUAUUAUCAAUUCAGUUAUCAAAUGAUUUAGCAAUGAGAGAGCCAAACUCAGAAGAAUUAACAUCUUUACAAGCUCAUUUCCAAGUUGUAUUUAGUAAUAAUUUACCAUUACAUAUUUAUCUUAGAUCAACUUUAUUAUAUUCAAAUUCAAUGUCAUUAAAAUAUCCAUGGGUAACCCCAGGUUUAUUCGAAGAGUGCGAAUACUUUUUCAAAUUAUUACCAUUUAACCAUAAACAAACAAUGUUAACUUUGUUGGCUCCAUGGACAAGAAACUUUUGGUGGGUUUUAACUGUUAAAGAAGGUUUAUCAAAUAAAAGUGCAUUUUUAUUAUUAGAAGCAUUAUUUAGUUUAACCAUUCAGGCAAAGAAAUCAUCAUUAGCAAAUCUAAGCUCUAUUGAAGUUCUUUGGGGUGAGUUAAUUGGUUCCGCUGAUCAACAUGGUAAUGAAGAAACUUUUCAAAUUACCCAAUAUGUUAUCGAUUUCCUUAAAGAGAAAUAUCAUAUGAUUCAAGAAAGUGAAGCAUCCUUCGAAUAUUCAUUGGCUGAUAGUAGAGAUUCCGCUAAAAUGAUUAUGAGUUUCAUUUCUCGUAGAUCAACCAACCACUGGUCCCUUGUUAUGAACUAUAUGAUCAAAUCAUUAAGAUUCUACGAACCAUUACCAUCAUCACCAGUCGAUUUUAGUGUUGAUUCAAUUAAAAGUGGUGGUAUCAAAUCAAAACCAACAAAUCACGAAGAAUUAGAAAAAAAACAACAAUUAGAUCAACAACAGCAAUUGGAUGAAGCAGAUGAAUCUCAAGAAACUGAAAAUCCUAUCAAAUUUAAUAAGCUUUCAUCAAUUCAAUCUGAAGAAGCAGUUUUAGCAUUCUUUGAUGACCUUUCAUUCGAAUUUCAAUAUCAAGAUAUUAUUACAAUCCCAAAUUUAAUUCCAUUACUUUUAUCUAAUAUUUUAUUUGUUUAUGGUCCAGGCAAUAUUAGCCCUUCAAUCGAUAGUAAAAAGAUUUUAAAUAAUAUCCUUUUAUCUUUAAUUAUUCAACAAACUUCAAUCUCUAAAGAAACCAAAGAUCAAUGCAAACAACUUAUUGAAUCUGACUGGAGUCGUUGGAGAGAAAAAGAAAAGAAUUCUCUUAUCAGUGUAUUAAAGAUCGGUCUUGGUGAUAGUAUUUUGGAAAUUUGGGAAAAGAUGUCAUUAUUAUUUAGUGUUAGACCAUCACCAGUUAGUAUUUGCUUGGCUGCUCUCGAUUGGUACGGUGGUAUUAGAUUUGCCCUUGGUUCUAAAAAAGAUGGUAUGGAUGGUUUACUCGGUUUAUCAUGUGGUUUAUGGUCAGCUACAUUAAAUGGCGAAAUGGAUGUUGUCUAUAAGAUUCUUUUACUCUUAACAGCAAUUGUUAGUGAUAACAGUAAAUCAAAUCAAUUAACAGAUACCUCUUAUGCAAUUAUUAUCCGUCUUGCAUCAAUUUUACUCCACACCUCCCAUCUCCAACAAUUUAAUGGUGUUUUAAUUCUUUUAUAUAAAACCAUGCAAUCAUUAGAAUCAACUGGUAAUACUGCUCUUCAUUCCAAAAUGACCGAAGAGAUGAUUGAUAUUCUUUGUGCAGGUCUCAAGCCAGAAGAAGUCGUAAAUCGUGGUAUUGGACAUCCACAUACAUCAAUUCUUACAUUAUGGUUUGCAAAAGAAACCAAUCGUUUCCUCGAGAAUACAAAGAAAGUAAAACCAUCACCAUCCAUCUGUUGUGCUUUAAUGUUAGCAGCCUCUGUUAUGGUUACCAUGUCCCCAGAAGAUCCAAAUACUAAAGAUUUUGUAGAGUAUCUUUUUGAAGCUCCAAUUAGCACUCCGGUAUCUAAAAUGCUUCCACUACUUUAUUCACACUAUCACUAUAGUGUUUCCAAAACUCCUGGCUCUUCUCCAUUACCACCCAAUGCAACAAAAGACUUGGCUAGUGCUUUAUGUUUAGAAUUUAUCGAGCAAUUCCCAGAUAGCAAUGAUUUAAUAAGCAACUUAAUCUCAACUGUAAAUGAUAUGGCCAAAUCAUUAGUAGAGGUUGGUGGUAAAGAAGAGGAUACAUCUUUCCUUUUAUUCUUUAUCAAUGAAUUACUAUCUAAAUAUGCCAGUCUUAACUCCUCAGUUACAAAUAUUCAAUCCCAUGUACUUGUAGAUUAUACCCAAUUAAUGAUUGACCUCUCUCAAAGAUCAACCUGUGCCGCCACAAGAGAGGAGGCUCAAAAAUCAAUUCCAUUCAUUUUACAAAAUAUUCCACCAGGUUCAUUAUUAGGUUCAUUCGAUUUCCUCAAACCAUACAAUAAGAAUGGUAUUGAAUCAUCCUAUUAUGGUACAUUUGGUUUACACACCGAUCAAGAUAUCAUCAAUAAUGUAUAUACUUCACUUUAUCUUAUCAACACCUAUCUCUAUGCUGUUCCAUCUUCAACAAGCACCGAAUUAAAUCCAAAAAUGAAAAAAAUUAUAGAUUCAAACUACACCAAUGGUGGUAAAUCUAGCGUCUCUACAUCCACUAAAUCAUUCAAAGUUUCAAAACAAUUCUCAUCUAAACAACUAUUCGAUUCUUUUACAUUUUCUUUUAAAAAGAAAGCAACUAUUCCAAAACCAAGUCAAAUUCUCCACUCAAUAUCAAUUUCAAGUGGUAAUGAUUUUGUAGAUCCAUUACUUAAAAGAUCUAACUCUACCUUAGUACCAAUAGUAACUCCACCCUCCCCAGUUUUAUCAGGUAGUGGCAGUAGCAUUUUCAAAAAACCUUUACCAACAAUGAACAAAAAUUUAAGUGAACAAAGAUUACAAACUCCUCCACCACGUCCAUCAACUCCACCACCAAGUGUUUCAAAUUUAUCACCCGUAAAAGCCGCACCACCAGCAAUUCCACCAAAAAGACAAAAACCCUUACAAAACACUUAA